CACCUGUCUUGACAAUAAACAUACGUUAUUGUGAUAACGGACUUGGAGGAAGAUUUGAACUGCAACAAAAGACAUGGAUUCCUCUAAGUUGUUUAUGAUUGCACUAGUCCUAAAUAUAUGUGCAUUGGUCUUCCAAAUUAUUGGCGUAGCGCCACCAUAUUGGGCUUACAUUGAAUUCGGUACUUCCAAGGUGUAUUCCGGUUUGUGGACGCAAUGUACGGAAGUCCUGGGAACAACAUCAUGCUCCGACGUAGCGUAUACUGAAGGUUGGUUUGAACUUGUGCGAGCAUUUAGCAUUCUGGGGCUUCUUUUGUUGAUUGUUGCUGUUGUCAUGACCGUUCUUAAACUGUUUGUCAUGAAAGACAAGAAACCAGUCCUGUUUGCCGGUAUAGGAACAUCAUUUGCCGGCGGUUUCUUAAUUUUCAUAGCAAUAACAGUCUACGCCGCGGAUUUGAACGACCUGCUGUCUAAUUUAACAUUCACUUUUCAUUUCGCGUUUGCCUUCAGCAUCCUUGCGAUGAUAAUGGCAUUCGCAGGAGGAGCAAUUCUGUUACUGGGAAUGAUAAAAGAAUGAAAUUUUAUUUGUUAAAACCGUAAAAAAUGAUUCAAUUCUUUUCGAAAUUGUUUAUGAAACAAAUCAAAUAUUAUCCGUUACUGUUCAGUAAUAAACCUGUUUUUAUUAAUAAACUGAUGUGAAAUUUACAUGUUCAAUAAAUUCUUCUUAUUAACGCUUAUUCAGGU